AGAACAGUAUCAUUGCGCGAGUUCAUCUCACAAGCAUCUCUCUCCAAUUUCUUCAUCUUCUUGUAUUUUGAAUUUUAUAAAACAACAAGGCUUUGAACUUUUUGGUCAUUCAUUCCAAUUGAGAUCAAGAUACAAAAACGCGAAAAUCCAAUUUUGCAUUCAUUCUAAUAAUAGAGGCAAAACCCAAGUACAAACAAUUGCCUCGAUUCAAUCCAUUGACUGAAGAAGUUAGAGAAUCACAAGGAUCUUCAUCUCUCUCACAAAAAAACAAUCAAACAACUGAAAAGCAUUUUCUCUUAACUGAUUCAUUUUGCUGCUUUUUUCAAAGUCCACCAACCACCACCAGCAAACCAUUACUACAAUUAUUGAGAAUCUUAAACAGGAUCGCCUCAAUAUCAUAAUUCUUACAAAAUAAUAAUAAUACUCUACGUAGAGAGAGACGUGUCUUGCCACUCAAAUCAAUCUCCACCACCAAACAACGUGUUAGAAAACGUACGCGCAAAUCCGCACAUUGAAGGACAUUGAAACUAGAGCAAUAUCCGUCGAAAAACUCCUAUUCAGUGUCUUUUUUUAAAUAAUCGAACGAAAAAAAAGUCACUUCUGGAAACUUUGAAUCAUAUUUGAUAACUAACCACCUACCUCCUUCAUUGUCCUCUUUCUCAAUACAGAGUCACAUACAACUGCCACACUCUUUACUAUUAACAAGAUACACAACUAUGAAUCAACAAGCAGUUUUGAGCAUUCAGACAAGUGCAAAGGUUGUGUCAAGCUAUGCCAAGAGAUUCUCAUCCAUUAAAUUGAACUCACACUCUUCGGGAGCAUCACAAAAGUCCAAUGCAAGUUUAAUAUCGUUUAAUAAGCAUCAAACAAGAUGUUUCUCCUCAAAUAAUCAUGAAAUGUUUGCAAACUUUGGUACAGGCUCUUCCAAUAUGUCAAAUAUGCCAUCAUUCGUUAAAAUUGUUGAGGUUGGUCCAAGAGAUGGUCUCCAAAAUGAAAAGAAACUUGUCCCAACCAAUGUCAAGAUUUCCCUAAUUGAUAAAUUAACAGAAGCUGGUUUGCCAUCAGUAGAAGUCACCAGUUUUGUGUCACCAAAAUGGGUACCACAAAUGGGUGAUAACUUUGAUGUCUUUACAGGUAUUAAAAGAAGAGAAGGUACUGCCUAUCCAGUUCUCACACCAAACGUAAAAGGUCUAGAACAAGCUCUCGAAGCCGGAGUGAAAGAAGUUGCCAUUUUCUUGGCAGCCAGUGAUGCCUUCAGUAUGAAAAAUAUUAACUGUACAGUAGAAGAAUCCUUCAAAAGAUAUGACCAAGUUAUGGAACUAGCCAUCAAAAAUGAUUUGAAAAUUAGAGGAUAUGUGAGUUGCGUUGCAGGUUGUCCAUACUCUGGGUAUGUGUCACCGGAGACUGUUGCUCAAGUCAGUUAUAGAUUAUUGAAAAUGGGAUGUUAUGAAGUAAGCUUGGGCGAUACCAUUGGUGUCGGAACACCAGGUAGUGUUUCAAUGCUUCUUCAUCAAGUGUGUAAAAAGAUUCCAACAGGACAAAUUGCAGUCCACUUCCACAAUACUUAUGGACAAGCUCUCUCGAAUAUUUUAACAUCUUUACAGUUCGGAGUUGAAACUGUAGACUCAUCUGUUGCUGGUUUGGGAGGUUGCCCAUAUGCCAAAGGUGCUUCAGGCAAUAUCAGUACAGAAGAUGUUGUCUAUAUGUUACACGGAAUGGGUAUUAAUACUGGAGUCGAUUUGGACAAACUUAUUGAUGCAGGAGAUUACAUUUCAACAUACUUGAAUCGUGAAAAUAACAGCAAAGUUGGUUUGGCUGUCUUGGCAAAGAGAGAAUCAAUGUCAGAAAGUGCCUCAUCAUCAUCAACAAGUGCUUCAUCACCUACACAACAACAAACUAAGAAAGCUCCACAACAACAAGAACAAAUAAUAGGAGCCACAACCAUCACUACCAAUGGUGGCAGCAAGCUUUCUACUUGUGUUUAACACCACACUUUAGAUGAUGAAAUUUAACCAAAUCGAGCACUGUGACUGUAACAAUUCACUACCCAUAUGAGAACCUUUUUCCUGUAAAAUAAUAUACACAAUUGUGAAAUAAUCAAAACAAACUUUGUAAAUAUUUUCUCUAAUUUGAAAUUCAUUAAAACACAACAAUAAAUUGUCUUAUUACAAUCA